AAUCUGUCUCCUUCCUAACUACUUUUUUUCCUUCUUAAUCUUCAUCUUCAUACCAACCGCUGCUUUUUUUUUCUUACUUCAAUCGAACUCAACAAAUACCCUUCUCCCUCUUCUUCCCCUUUCCAUCUCUCUAUCUCUGAUAGCUCUGAUUUCACUCUCUCUCUAUCUCGGAAUUUGGACUGAGUUAGGGGGAGAGAGGGACGGAGGAAGGGAAUGAUGAAGCUCUCGGCCCUUCAGCAGAGCUACCUAAACCGCCGGCCGGGGAGUUUCAGGGGAGCGGCUCCAUUAGAUUCGUCGGCUGACGGCGCUAACAAGUCGCCGGCGGCGGUGUUCUGGCUCGUUCUCCAUGGACUCUGCUGCCUCAUCAGUCUCGUCCUAGGGUUCCGCUUCUCGCGGCUGGUCUUCUUCUUCAUCUUCUCCACUUCCAUCACUACCAACACGAAUCACUUCAUGGCGCCUUUCCGCCAGCUGACCACCACCACCACUGCCGCCGACGUGGCGUCGGAUUUGCCAUCAAAUCCGGUUGGAGACGCGGCGCUUAACGGGACCAGAGUUGUGGUCGGCCGUCACGGGAUCCGGAUCCGCCCGUGGCCGCACCCGGACCCGAUCGAGGUCAUGAAGGCGCACCAGAUAAUUGAGAGAGUGCAGAGGGAGCAGCGGAAUCAGUUCGUUGUGAAGAACCCGAGGACCGUCAUCGCCGUCACUCCGACCUACGUGCGGACCUUCCAGACUCUGCAUUUGACCGGCGUCGUUCACUCGCUGAUGCUCGUCCCUUACGACGUUGUGUGGAUCGUCGUGGAGGCUGGCGGAGUCACUAACGAGACCGCUGCGAUCAUUUCGAAAUCCGGUGUCAAAACCAUCCACAUUGGGGUGGAUGAGAAAAUGCCCAACACGUGGGAAGGACGCCAUAAAUUGGAGGCCAAAAUGCGGCUUCGAGCUUUGAGGGUUGUGAGGGAGAAAAGACUGGACGGGAUUGUGAUGUUUGCAGACGAUAGUAAUGUGCACAGUAUGGAGCUGUUCGAUGAGAUUCAGAGUACGAAAUGGUUUGGUGCGGUUUCGAUUGGUAUUCUUGCUCAUUCAGGAGGUGCCGAGGAGUUAUCAUCAUUUGCUGCGGUUGAGAAGGAAGUAGAAGAGAAAGAGAAGAAGCAGGCAAUCCCUGUUCAAGGUCCUGCCUGUAAUGCAUCUAGCAAGCUGGCUGGAUGGCAUACCUUUGAUCCACAACCGUAUGAAGGGAACAGCGCAAUUUUUAUAGACGAUAGAGCAACUGUGCUGCCUAUGAAGCUGGAGUGGGCUGGGUUUGUGUUGAAUUCGAGGUUGCUAUGGAAGGAUGUUGAAGAUAAGCCUCACUGGUCCAGGGAUUUAGAUUCAGUGGUUGAUGAUGAUAUAGAGUCUCCUUUAUCUCUGUUGAAGGAUCCUUCUAUGGUGGAACCACUUGGCAGCUGUGGCAAACAAGUUUUACUAUGGUGGCUUCGAGUCGAAGCUCGUGCAGACAGCAAGUUCCCUGCUGGGUGGAUAAUCGACCCACCACUGGAAAUCACCGUGCCAUCAAAACGAACACCAUGGCCAGACGCUCCGCUGGAAUUCCCAUCCGACAACAACGAAAAGACAGCAAACAACAUGGAAGAGGCACACCCAGUUGUGAAGCACACUAAGACGCGAUCAUCAAGAUCUAAGCACAGAAGUAAGAGGAAGCAUGAACCCAAAACUGUGGUGGACACAAAGCAGCAGUCUGAACAAAACUAAAUAUAGAGAAAACAACCUUCCUGGGCAAGAAACAGGUGAGAUAACCGUAUACUUACUGCUUUGAACCUUCAAAUUUCCAGCCUCUCUAUACGCGAUACAUGAUGAAGCAGGGUGGACUGGGGAAGGAGGGGAACACCCUCGUGAUGAUCAUACUGGAAGAGAAGGUAAAAUCCACCUUUUACAGCUUGGCAAGAUUGAAAUGUAACUUGGCCACUCCUUUUUACCUUACUUUUUUUUUUACCGUUGUAUUCCAUAUUUGUUUUUCUUUUUCGAGCAAAGGGGGUGGUCAUUUAGUACGUGUUGAUUAAUCUUUGUUGCCCAUCCAAGUAGCGAUAUUGUUGUAGGAGAAGGAUUGGGAUGGGAGAGACAGAAAAGAGGGGGAAAGCGAGUUGUAUUUGUAUGGUAUAAUGGAGGGAGGUGAGGUUAGUCCCAAAUUUUAUACAUGAAAUGAAAUUCAUCAACAUGCCUAUUUCUUUUUUC